AUGACAAUGGACGUUCAAAAUAACUAUCAAAAUUAUAAAGAAACGUCUCCCGACUCCAAGGACACUAAUUUAAACAUUGAAAGUGCUAGAACUUCACAAAUUAAAUCCGAGAUGCAGUCAACUGUUUUGAAUCCUGGGAAAGCUUCCAAGAGAUCAUUUGAUGUGGCUUUUCUGAUGAUGCCGGAUGAAAAAGUACGACCAAAACCCCCUGAAAGACAACUUAGAGUAUCAAAGCAGCUGUUCCACCACGAAGAAUGGGAACAAGUUCCGAAGAGGAUGCCUGAUAUUUACAAGCAUAGCGAUUACUCCAGCGAUAACACGAUGGACCUCAAAGACCACGAUGACGACCGGAUUGGUGCGAACAAUAAUAUAUCGCCAAGUUUUGGGUCAGAUAUCAACAUUGACGUCGGAACAGACGAGUACCCGAGUAAAUCUAUGUAUUGUAGUGAUUCUGACAAUUCUGAGCGAUCACGAAGUCGUCCAAAUUCCAAUGAAAGUGCCGCGCGCCAGCCGAAAUUUUUGCCAGAAUAUAAGAAUAAAAUUUUCGAUGACCCUACUCUCAUUACCAUGCAGUCACGGGCAAGGUACGAAAGAUACUCUGAGAAAGCAGACAACAUGUCACCAAAAAGUGCGUUCACUAAAGUUUCAAACUUUUCAAUGAGGUCACCUAAUCCUUCGGUCAGCCCUGAUAAUCUUCUUUACCAAAACUCGGUAAGCCCGCCACUAUCUGCUGCCAGUCCACCUUCAAGCUCAUUCAACAAGACGCCAGCAUUCAAUAAUCUCCUCACUCCCGCUCAUCUGAUAAACGGCAGCAACUUUUUCAAAGGUCAGAAUGUUCCGUCUUCAUCUCCUAACUAUGUAGAGACAUCCAUGAGCCAACGACAGUCUGGAUUUAAUAAAAAUCUGGAAUAUCAAGAUAAACCUGAGACCAAAACACCACAAAUGUCACCGAAUAAAUUAAAUUUUCUGCCCUUUAGACCAGAGAUACCAUAUCUUCAAGCUGGAUCAUCUUAUCCUUUUGGGGUUCAGAAUUUCCAAUCGCCUAAUCCGGACUUUAUGAAAUUUCCUGUACCGCCGAGGGAGAAUCCGCUGAUAGCCAAUCCAGCAGCGGCCAUACUAAGUACCUUGUUGCCGCCAACAUUGGCUGCGUUUUCUCUGCCGUCGCAAAAUGUUUGUGCGAAGUGUAGCAUCAGCUUCAGGAUGACUUCUGACCUAGUUUAUCACAUGCGUACUCACCAUAAGAGUGAGUCGGCAAUCGACCCGCACAGAAGAAAACGUGAAGAGAAAUUGAAAUGUCCCGUGUGUAACGAGAGUUUUCGUGAACGACAUCACCUGACCAGACACAUGACAGCUCACCAGGACAAAGAAGGUGAUUUAGACGAGGUGCCGGCUGGCCAUAAGAAAAGUAAACAAUUUUAUCCUCACAACGGUAGCUCUCUUUUACAUAAAUAA